AUGGCGCCGGGCGCAUACGAUCAACGAAUUCCUCUUCAUCGCACUGAGAUCUUCCCAUUGCCGACCAUGAAGAUAGAUGAGUCCACCAUCAUUGGUAAUGCGGAGGUCACUGAGACGAUCUUCUCCGAAGUUGGCCUCGAGAUGGGCUCGGAUGAUUUCCAGGAGACCGUGAAGCUCAUUGCUGGCGACCAGCUAUCAAUUGCCCGUCUACGCGCACUCGCGAGGAAUCGUGCGGGCCACGACAGCUUCUCCAAUUCCUAUCUCUGGGCAGUCGUCAUCCCCGGUAUCUUCCACUACAAGAUGGCUGCCACCCACGGCUUCAUGGAGCUGUUCUACGGCUCUAAUCCUAGUCCUCGCAACCCUGGUUCACUCGCCUUCCAUAACAACGUCCUCGAUCGCACGCCAAUCACUAUUACCUCCAUGCCGCCAUUCCGUGAGUCCCGCAAUCUCAUAUUCAUCUCACUCUAUGCGCGGGUCUUGCAUUGUCUCGAACUCGUCAGCCGCUGCGAAGAUCUCGCUGAUUAUGCUGCCAAUGUCACCUUUGAGGUGUUGAAGUUCCAUGCCGGGGAGAUCGUCGCGCAGUUCACUGAUGGCAAACGCGUUGAUCGCAUGCGCACUGCUCGCGCCGCUGAGCUGCACGCGGACAUCCCGAAUCUGUCGUCGCGCCAGCUCACCGAGGGUGAUAUGGUCUUCGAAAAUGCCAUCCUUCUCUUCCGCGACGCGUUGAUCCUGCGCCUCCUCACAGAUACCGUCAAAUGCGGCGACUCAGGCCGGCUGGUGCUCGUGUUCAAGAUUCUCGCACUCUACUACCGCGGCUGCGGGCGCACGAAAUACGCGCAGGAGGUAUUGUUCGUCCUACACAACAUCACACAUGUCUGGCCUGAGCCACUACGGAAUGUCGUUCUGCAAAAUUGGUUAGUGAAUCCGACAGGCAAGCCCAAUGCUUGGGUCGAGGUCGACCUGAUGCAGGAGCAUUUCAACUUCUGGAUCAAGACCAUAUACAAGGCACACGGUCCAGCCGCUUCAUGGGAGUGGCUGGCGAUGAUCUCACCCUGCAUCGACAUUCUACGCCGCCUCGCGACCGAGAUCAACACCACCCUGGGCGCAAAGCAGGGGACGAAGCACACCACACCCAAUCUUGAGAGGGAUAUAGGCUAUCUCAUGGCGUCUCUUCGCCGCUACGAAGUCUACCAGUACAAUCCUGGCCGCGAGAUCGACGACGGGUCAGACUCUAACCCGGUGGUUGCAGACUCACUCACCAUCGGCCUUCAGCGCCUCUCGGAGCCUCUCGGCGAGUUCAAUACCUCACUCGCAAAGCUCAAACAGCGCUGCAAAGCAAUACCCCUCAUUGGCGGCGCAUACGCUCACGUUCAUGGUGCCAGCGACGACUCGGAGGAAGGAGUCUCGGCUACGCAUGUCCGGCCACCAGUGGACACCGCACUUGCCGGCGUCGAUCAUCGCGGCGAUCCUGAGGGUGGUUUGCGCGAGGAUGAAUCUGAGGAGGAGUCAGGCGAUGAAGACGACGAUUUGGAGCCUCAAGCCCUCAUGUCACUCGAGACAGCGGAGGACGUUGCGCUCGAUAUGGAUGCUGCUGACUUCGUCUACGAAGACGAAUGA